UCAGAGACAAAGGCAGAGGGAGGAGAAUAUGCAGGGGCACAGGUCCUGUGUGCGGGGAGAGAAAGGAUGGGGGGGGCACAGGUUCUGAGAGUAGGGACAGAGACUAACAUUUCCUGCAGCUGGGGCACAGACAUACGAGAGAUGGGGUGGGUGCUUAGAUAAAUUAAUAGGAAUGAUCGAAUUUACAUCUGUGCCACUUCACACUGGCUUGUGCCAUAAUGUCGGUGUCAUGGGCAGGUGGGCUAUCUGAUGAUGCUGUACUGCGGAGCUGGGUUGUUCUCAUCUUAAUAGCUGCAAGUGCUUCUGGGACAACUCUGCCUGCUGAUAAUACCCCAGGUCAGGUGUUCAACUCUGCAGGAAGCCAGGUUAAAUCUAGGGGUGCAGUGCAAAAACUGUUGCGCAGAUCCACAAACUCUCAGUCUUUAGACGGCCUGGAUUUACUGAUCGACAGCAUCGCUCCUGGAGAGCAGCAAGAGGGGACAGACACAGUAAUGCCCAUCUGGUUUUCACGCUGCCCCCCACUCUGCAGGUGUACGCCAACACUUGUCAACUGCUCAGGAGCUGGAUUGUGGAAGAUACCUGCAGCAAGAGACUGCCCACCGGAUACCGCCAUCAUGGAUCUCUCAGGCAACCAAUUGACUCUGCUCCGAAUACGAGAUGUGAUUGGGCACAGGAGCCUGAGGAAGCUGAUCCUGCGUGAGAACCAAAUUCAGAUUAUUGAAGAGAGUAAUGUGGUUUCCCUGCCGCCUCUGCAUUCUCUGGAUCUCUCAGGCAAUGGCUUGCCUUGCAGUUGCUCCUUGCGAGGUUUGAUUUCACUUUUAUCGAGGGGAGGGGACCUAAAGACUGAUCGGGAAACAGAACUCUGCGUCCAGGGUUUUGGUGCUGCUGUGCUGCCUUGUGCGGAGCACUACAUAUCUUGUGUACCGGGAUCCCCUAACACUGUGCUGCCUUACUCAUUUGUAACACCGGUUCCUCUAUCUGCCAGCUCUUGCCUUGCUCUCUGCUUCCGCCAUGGUCAUUCUUAUUAUGGUCAAGAUGAUGCCAGACAUUGUUUGUGCGGCUCCAUCUCCACAGAGCCUGCUGAUUCCUGUGAUGUGUGUCCUGCCAGUGGCCAAAAACAUCAGUGCAACAAGGCUGUUAUUUCUGACCCUAAUUCUGUGGAGGUAGCAGUGUCUCUCUUGGGCCCCCUGCACUGCUCUGUUUUCCAGUUAGCAGAGUUUAGUGCCUAUGCCUCUAUCCCAAUAACACGAUUUGUCUGGCAUUUUGUUCCUGGAGAGCAACCAGUCGUUACAGCAAGUAGCAGUACCUAUCACAAGUACAGUCUGCCUGGGCAAUAUAAAGUGCAAGUACUGGCAGAGGGGCAGGAGCCUGGAGCAGAAUCUCUAGUGAUGGUGACUGUGCCAGUGCAGGCGGCAGAGCUGCAGUGUCCUCCGGUGGCACAAAGUGGGCAUGACGUAGAAGUGUGGCUGAAUGUUCAUCAGGGUACAGAUAUUCAGGUGGUGUAUGGUGUGUAUAAGCCAGAUGGAAGCCUUCAGACAGAUGAUUCCGAUUGCCCUCGAGGUGGACGUGUCUUCCAGAGGAAUCUAAAUUGCUAUUGGUUGAACCAAGUAAAGGAGUCGUUUGUGGACUCACGCGCCCACUGUCGCUCAAUACCUGGUGGAGACAUUGCCUAUAUAGCAACUUCAGAGGAACUCAACUUCCUACAGGAAUCCUUUCUGAACCAUGACCCAGCGUGGGUUAACAUUUCUCAGUCUAAAGAUCUUUCUUUGGUGAACCCAGCAUUAUUUUGGGAAUGUUCCCAGCUACCACUAGUGCCAGGUGCAAUUGUAAAGAGCAGUUCUUGCAAUGAGAAGGCUCAUUCGUUGUGCGCAAGAAAGGCAGGGGUUUCAGUUCCGGAUGUGCCUAUGUACCUAGUUGGAGUUCCUGCACUUACUGAUGCUGAGACACAGAAUGUCAGUUUGGCGGAUUCCUCCGGUGAACUGCAGGGAGACUUUGAAAUCAUGCUGUUCCCAGGCCUCUGGUUCAGCCACUCAGGCUCCCCUGUAGCUUUGGAGUUUGGGGUUCAGCCCUUAAAGAAUUCUGUUGAGGCCAGAGUCCAAAUCCUACGUCCGUUCUGCAGCCCAGAGCAGCACCUAGUACCACCAGGCUGUGAUCUCCUUCGGAACCCUUUUGCCAUUUGCCAUAAUGAGCCUUUGUGUAACACCAAAGCAGGCUGUCCCACUGGGCAGCAGUGGUGCCCGCUUAUCGAAAGCUGCCUGAGCAUUACUAAGCCCUGCAGCACCUACGCACUCCAAAGCUACUUGCACCCUCCUCGAUAUCUGGGUACCCCUCCGGCUUAUUCCCCUGUUGCUGACAUCCCACUACUGCUGGAGCCGAGUUCACAAAGCCGGAACAUGCAGGUCCUGCUUUCCUCCUUGUCUCUCUGUGUUCAGCCAGAUGAUAUCCUCUCUAUACAACACAAUGGUGACCAGGGAUCAUUCCUGCGCUGUACUCCGCAUGGCCAUUCUGCCUGGAGUCAGAGUUAUUUAAGUAUGAAGCACUUGGGUUGGUGGGAGGAAUCUCUGGAAGUGGACUCUCCAUCUUGGAUGGAUGAUAUGGUAUGUGAUUUUUACGUUACUUUUGCAUCAGAAGUGCAAAGCCUUGUGGUCUCUCCUCUGCUGGAAAGCUUUCCAGAGCCUGGUACUUAUACAGUCAGUGCCACCUUGCACAAUGCAGUGAGCGAGACAGAGGUGACCUGUGAGGUGUUGGUUCUGAAACCAGUCACUGGGCUGCAGAUUAUCUAUCCCACCGUCUCUUCUGAUCUACUGCACGUGCCAACACAAGACCGCAUCUUGAUAGCGAUCAGUGCUCUGAGCUCUGCUCCAGCCUCUGUGCUGUGGGAAUGUCUCGUACUGAGAGAGGAGGCUGACCUAGUGCCAACAUGUCCUCAAAGUAUGACAACUUUACUACCUGCCUGCCUCAGCCCAUCAGGAGAUACAAGGUUUGGAUGGACUUGGCUUCGUUUUGAGGAACCGGUGACCAUGAUGCUCACCAUAGCAGUGACCAAUGACGUCAGUGCCCAGAACCUGUCUGUGCAAAUCCAGUCACAUGACCCUAUACGAGGGCUUCACAUUCAGCCUGAUGGACCUCAGCACAUCCAAGUAAACCAGGCACAGAUUUUUACAGCUAAUGUAUCUCAGGGGUCAUCUGUUAUAUUCACUUGGAUUGUGGAUAACAUGGAGGGCUUUGUGUACAAGGGACAAAGCUACAGCGUGAAAUUCAUAACUGCAGGCUCCUUUCGCAUGAAGGUGCAGGCUGAGAAUCCAAUCAGCUCUCAGGUCAUAGAUGUGCUUCUAACUGUCUAUGGGGCCCUUCCGCUGCAGAAAGCUAAGCUGGUGGCACCUUCUUCUGUGGUACUGGUGUCUGAGGUGCAGGAAAUUGGCUUUGAGCUACAAGUGGAUGUGUCCUCAGAUGUGACCAUAAGCUGGGACUUUGGAGAUGGCAGGCCAAAGCUGAUCAGAAGGUUUUCUUCACCAUACAACCCUCAGUUUCCACGUGACUCUAAGAGACAGUUUGUUACUUUGCCGACAAAAGAAGCUCACCACUAUACCCAAGAAGGACAUUAUGAAGUGACUGUGGUGGCCUAUAACAACGUUUCUCAGGUCACUCGCUCUUUAAAGCUUGUGGUUGUGCCUGCACUGACAUUGCUUACUCUUCAAGUCACUCCUCAGUCCCCUCAGCCACAAUCCGUUGCUCAGUUCUCUACAGUCUGUCUCCCCUCCAGCUUGGAGGUAAAACUGUUUUGGGAUUAUGGUGAUGGCUCAGAUGUGUUACAGAGUGAUAGCCCACAAUCUGAACAUGUCUACCUGGCUAGUGGUUUUUACAAUGUGACAGUGACUGCUAGCAAUGGACGGAGCCAUGUAUCUGUGUCCAGGACACUAAUGGUUGGAGAAAUGAUCGAGGGGCUGGAGGUGAUGAGCAGCGGACUCAGUGAGCUUGGCACGCAGACAGUUGUUACUGGCUUCCUUCGGAAGGGCACUGAUGUCAAAUGGAGUUUUGAUAUGGGGGAUGGCAAAUCUUACACUGACCAAUCAGAGCCAUCUGUAAGACAUACAUAUAAUGCUAAGGGAACUUUCACAGUUUUGGUAGUGGCCAAGAACACGAUGAACUCUGUUAAUUUAUCAAUCAAUAUACAGGUUUACCAGGUCACUAUUACCAACAUCACUUUUCCACCAAUAGUGUCCAGCCUAAAAUCCACACAAUUUAUUGUCCACGUCAGUGUCUCAGCUGUUAACCUCAGAUUCCACUGGGACUUUGGUGACGGCAGCCCACCUUUACUAAUAAGUGGUAAGGCAGAGGUGUGGCACAGUUAUCCCCAGGCUGGGACUUAUAUACUACAAAUAACUGUGAGCGGAACUGCAACUAAUUACACUCAAUUCAGGGAAAUAUCUGUUGAGGACCAAAUAAGAUCUGUCACUUUAAUCCCAUCCCUUUCUGCUGCUAAUCUAUCCCAGGAAAUACUUUUCUCUGUGGCUGUACUACCCUCACCAAAUUCCCAACAUAUAUACAGGUAUCAAUGGAAUUUAGGGUUGGGAUCAGCACCCAUGAACUCCUCUUCUUCAGAGAUCAGCUGGACUUACAGGUCUGAAGGGAGGUACACUGUGAUGGUGACUGUAUGGAACGCUGUAAGCAAGGAGCAUGCGCAGUGUCAUGUGUUUGUGCAGAGGCCAAUCAGCAGCGUUUCCAUUCAGCACAAUGUAGCAGAAGCAGUUUUAGUAGGCACUGAGCAGAUCUUUACCGCUAAGGUCAAUGACGGGGCCACUGCUGAAUUCAUUUGGGACUUUAGUGACUCAUCCCACUCCAGCUAUGGAUCUACUGUAACUCACACCUUCACUAAGUCAGGUGAUAAAACUAUCACUGUAUAUGCCAAAAACAAUGUGAGUGAGAGCAAGGCAUCCGUUGUCCUGUCUGUGUUGGCUCCAGUUGCAGCACUCUCUCUGUCUGCAGACCACAGAAUUGCAGAGACAGAUCAACCAAUACUUUUCUGGGCAUCAACAUCCAGUGGUGACUUUGUACAAUUUCAGUGGUCAUUAUGUGAGCACUGCCCUUAUAUAGAGGGUUCCUCACAAUUCCAACACAUAUUCUCUAAACCUGGAGGAUAUAUGGUAAAUGUGGUGGCAAGGAAUGUUGUCAGCUCUGCACGUGCCAAUAUUACUUUAGAAGUGCAGGAGGCAAUAAAAAGUGUUAGCGUGCAGCAGGAGAAUCCAGAGUCUGAGGGAUAUGCUGCACUUGCUGAGCCUUUAACGCUUACAGCUCACGUGGUCAAGGGAUCCAAUCUAACAUUCCAGUGGGUCACCUGGCCAGAGCAGUGGGGUGGUCAAGGUAGGUCAUUGACUUUCACUCCAGUGAAGGUGGGGGAGAUAUGUGCAGAAGUUUGGGUAAAGAAUGCACUGGGGGUUGGGUCAGCAAAGAUCAAGCUGCAAGUUAUAGCGAGGGUAUCAGGUGUCCAAGUACAGACAAACAAAGACCCUGUUGCCCUUGGGUCUCCCAUAGAACUGUCUGUUACCUUUCAGUCUGGUACUGAUCUGCAAUAUAAAUGGGAUCCAGGGGAGGGGCCAGGUGAGCUGAUUAACCAUUCCCCCAUAUUUAACUAUACGUACCUCAUUCCAGGCUCAAAAAUGAUAAACGUUGUAGUAUCUAAUGCUUUGAGUUCUAGCAAUACCUCGGCACUGUUGAGAGUACAGGAACCCAUUUCCAGUGUGAGUAUAAGUCUUGCAGAGUCAUUGGAUUAUGAUGCAAAGACAUAUGAACUGGAUGCAGUGAAGUCAGAGACUGCUAUUUUUCUGUUUGGCUCAGUACAAAAUGGCUCAGAUUUAGCAUGGAAAUGGGCAAUCACUGGACACAAGCAAGUCAUUUGGUACAAUGUACAGAAUGUGUUACACACCUUUAAAGAGCCUGGUCAAUACCAACUGCAUCUUUGUGUCUGGAACACUGUGAGUUCAGUCAAUACCUCUAGUCUGCUAAUAGUACAGGAGGCAGUGAGCGGCCUUAGUGUCACCACAGACCAGUAUGGCUACUGCACAGGGCAAACUGUUACCUUCUUUCUAAGCAUCAAGCAAGGUACAAAUGCGAGUUUCACGUUGGCUGUCCCCUCUUUGCAUCUCUUUCUCAAACUUGAUGAAAUUCAUGGACAUCUUGUCUUUCCCUUUCCUGGUAAUUACACAGUCCAAGCCACAGCAUGGAACCAGGUUAGCAAAGCAGAAGUAAGCCUUGAUAUCUCAGUGCUGGAAAGGGUGGAGGCUGUUCAGAUUCAGGAUCUUCCAUCUGCCUGGUCUGUCAAUAAGACGAUACAUUUGAGUAUUAGUAUCAAGUCUGACCCCUUUCUCAACAUCCUUUGGACCUUUCAGCAAAAUGGAGAUCCUGAGUACUCACUUUCCAGCUACAAUGCAACAUACACACCUCUAAGAAAGGGAAAUCUCCAUAUCCAUCUCAAUGUUAGCAACCCCUUCUGUUCCUCCUUUCUUUCAUCACUGGUGACUAUUCAGGAGCCUGUCACUAGUAUUAUUCUCAGAAGUAACACAGAGCAGGUGUUGCUGAAUCAUUGUGUCAAGUACUUUGUGGAACCAAAAGAUGGAUCAGACCUCAAAUUCCACUGGAGUUUUGGAGAUUCUCAAAAAAAUGUCACUGGCACGGAAAGAUCGGUGGAACAUUGCUACAGCCGUCAGGGGGUUUAUUUGGCCACUGUGUUUGCAUAUAAUUUGGUGAGCUCAGUUCAAGCACAGACACAAAUCAGUGUAACAAUACUGAAGUGUAAACAACCAAAGGCCCAGCUUCUUGGAGCUCCAUCCAAAGUGCCAAGAUCUCUUGGUGCGCAAUUUGAAGUCAGUGUGGAUCUGAGGGGUUGCACUGAGUAUAAGCUGAUUUAUUUAUGGGAAUUCUACAAAGGAUCUGACUGCAGCUCAAACAAAUUAAUUAUACCGAGACUAGAUAUCUCCAGCCCCCGGCUGACAAUCCAUGGGCACACACUGGACAUUGGUGUAUAUUGUUUGCUCUUGACUGUUAAGCUACACGGGACAUCACUGUCACAUCAAGUGAGGCACCCAUUCACUGUCACAUCUAGCCCGCUGGUAGCAGUGAUACAUGGAGGCACGAAGCGGAUAUGGCCAGUAGAGCAAAUCCUUGUCUUAGAUGGGACAGACUCGCACGAUCCAGAUCUUGCAGAUGGAGCAGAGGAUACAGGUCUGGAGUAUGUGUGGAGCUCAGAACCAAUGCAGGCGAUAAAGAAACCUGCUUGCGUGAUACCCAGUCUGCCAUCCAUUUCCCAGAUCUCAAUCUCCCUACCUGCAUUGUGCGCCAACUCCACAUAUAUCUUUAUGAUGACUGUGAAGAAGUUGGAACGGAAGCCAGCAACAGCCAAACAGAUGGUGUCGUUUCACAGUGGCUCUGUCUUAGUGGUGUCUCCUCGUUGCAUUUCAUGUGGGAUAAUCUCCGCCUUCACCAUCAAUAGCAAAGUUCCUGUGGUUCUCUCUGGUGAAUGUGAUACCUGUGACAGUGAAACACAGUACAUCUGGAGUGCUGUUGACUCCAAUGGCCAGAGUCUGAUUUUGGAUAACCAGACCACCUCUACAGGUCCAAGAAAACGUGAAUUGGUGGUUAGAAAAGGAGUCUUGAAGGAUGGACUAAACUAUACAUUUACACUAAAGGUUAUUCAUGUGGCAAAACAGAGGUGGGGUGAAGGCAGCAUCACCAUAAUGCAAAAUAACCCCCCUACAGGAGGGCAGUGCACCCUUUUGCCCAAGAGCACCAUCUUGUGGCUGGAAACACCGCUGCAGUACAACUGUACAGGAUGGAUGGACCCAAACAAGGAGGGACAGCUCCUAUUCAGUCUCUCUGUACAGAUCUGCAGUAGUUUUAACUGCCGGAGACUGUAUUUGUAUCGUGGCCCCAGAAGCUGGAACAGUGUGCAGGCUCCUGCUGGGAGUCAGAAGGGGGAGAUACAGGUGUAUGUGGAGAUAGAGGACAUGCAGGGAACACAGACCCUGGCCAUAAACAGGACACUUUCAGUCUCCAUUCCUCACACAAUCCAUGGCACCACACAGUUGCUGAGCGCUCAGAGUGGGGAGGUUCUGCAGCAGCUGCAGAGAGGCGAUGACAUUCAUCAUGUCCUGCCACAUGCACUGGAGGUUGUCACAGCUCUGAACCUGGACAUUGACAUCACAGAAGAGGAAAAACCAAACCGCACAGAUAUUCGUGAUAACAUAACCAGCACUCUGACAUCACUGCGUGUCUCAGAUCUAUGGGAAGUGGCUGCUGUCAGUGCUGCCCUGACACAGUGUGUGGCUGCCCCCCAUGAGAUAACUCCAGGAACAUGGCUCCAGACACUAGAAGCUGCAGACAACAUGAUUAAUGUGCUGGAUACAGAAAGUGGGGCAGGACGCAGAGCUGAAAUAGAGACCUCAGAAAACGUUCUCACUUUGCUGGGUGGUGUCAUGGCUGCAUCUCCAUCAGACAAUACGUCUUUCUAUGCCUUCAACCUGACACGAGAGUUGAUGAUGUCAGCAAUGCGUUCUCGUGUAAUCAGUGAAGAGCCUUUAGCAUUAAAAGCCCCAGGAGUUCAGUUGCAUGGAUCCCUGGUCCUUCCAGGGGAUUUGCAAUAUUCAAAACCCCCUGCCCUAUUUCAAAUGGGCAACAUGCUGGAGGUGCCCGAAGCCCUGAAAGAUCACCAUGAGCUACUUCAGUUGGUCACGGAAAUGGACAAUAAUCCUUUCUCUUCUGGGAUACUCCCAAAUGCACCUGUGACAACCAAGUUGGUUGCUCUUGAAUUCAGCUCUCCUGAAGGUGACACCAUAGCUGUGACUGAUUUGCCAAAUGAUUCUGCAAUUCAGUUAAGGCUACCGGUCAAGAAGAAUGUUAGCCUUAGACCAACUGUGGUCCACUUACUGCCAAGAGAUAGUGCCAACCUUACCAUGACUACCAGCUUGGAACAUGCAUCUUCUGGACUACACAUGUAUAUCAACACCUCUCUGUCCGAGGGAUUUCUUUGGGAUCUUGAAGAUUCCCCUGGUUUGUUAUUGGCAUGGGGGCCCAUUCUUCCCACCAAUCAGUGUGAUGCACAUGAAACCCAUGUCUUUAGAUUCUCCAAACAUGCUGGCAGCACCCAGGAGUUCAGCCUUCUACUUCCCCUAUGUCCCCUUUCCUUACUGGAAUUCUAUGUAAACAUAACUAGCCUUCUUUCCAUCUCCUCGGUUAAUGUGUCAGUGAGCCUUUUCUCCAGCCUGUGCCAGUACUUUCAUGUGCCCAGCAAGUCAUGGAGGACUGAGGGCAUGACCCCUAGCAAUGCCAGCCAACCAAACCAAGCUGUGUGUAACACUCGGCACCUCACACUCUUUGGUGCCAGUCUUUUUGUUCCUCCACAUCAACUUGUUUUGCUGCCCCCGGCCCCACGAUCUGGCCAGUGGACUCUCGUUCUUCUGGUUUGCUCUCUACUUCUGUCCAUGUAUCUGGUGCUUGCUUUAAUCUCUCACAAAUUGGACCAUCUGGAUGUGUCACGUGUUGGAACCAUUCCCCUAUGUGGACAGCGUGGUCAGUAUAGGUACUGGGUACUGGUAAAGACAGGCUGGAAAAGAGGGGCAGGUACCACCGCUCACGUUGGGAUAAGCCUGUACGGACUGAGCAAGAGUGGAGCUCGCUAUCUAGAGAGUGGAGGAGCGUUUGGCUGUGGUAGCAUUGACUACUUUCAGGUUGAAACAGAGUGUAACAUGGGAGAGAUCUGGAAGAUCCGUGUGUGGCAUGACAACACAGGUUUAGAUCCCUCGUGGUUCCUCCACUACGUAGCAGUGUGGGACAAGCAGACGGAUUUCCUCUACUUUUUUCUGGUAAAUGAUUGGCUAUCCGUGGAGAAUGAGUGCAACGGAGGGAGAGUGGAGAAAGAGGUUCUUGCAGCAUGCCCUCAGGAGAUACGUGGAUUUUACCGUGUGUUCCUGGCGCAGCUGCUCCUUGGUUUUACAGACUGGCACUUGUGGUUGUCGGUGUGGUGGCGGCCUGCCCGUAGUCGCUUCACGCGUGUUCAAAGAGUAACCUGCUGCGCGCUGACCCUGCACCUCUAUGUGGCAGCCUGUGCCCUGUGGUAUGGGGCUGUAGGGUUCAAAGGUGAAAGUUCUCCACUCGGAAGCCAGUCUCUGGUCACAUGGGAGAGCAUAUUUGUUGGGGUAGUCGUGUCUCUUAUUGUACUCCCUCUACAGCUUUUGUUCACGUUUUUCUUCAGAGAAACUCGCAGCACGGUAACUGUAGAGGAUACUCCUUUAACCUCUCCAGCCAUGGAGCAAGACAGCAAGUAUGGAGACACAUCUUCUAUCUUGUCUAUCCCUGGAGGACAUGAAUCCCUGGUGGAUAUCAGCUCAUUGAGCCGGGAGUCAGUGUCCAGCAGCAAGUUGAAUUUUGACAUCGGAGAUCACAUCUUUUGGCAUGAGGAAGGCUGUGCUCCUCUCUGGUUCUCCUCGUGUGACACUAUAUGUGACUCUCCAUAUGAGACGCCUUGGCUUCAGGAUACAGACGCGGGUCUCAGCUUCACUCGAUCUCUGCGCAGGAAGAAGGGAAAGAUUUGUCUUGGUUUUGAGUCCGCCUGUAGCUCUGGUGAUGAUCCUUUGUCCUUAUCAGGUGGCUCUAGCAGCUGCCGGCGACUAACCUUAUCAGAAGAGAAUUUGCUUCAGUCCAUUACAGCUGGAACUCGCCCGAGUGAAGAGUCUGAUAGUGGCAGAUUUUCCCCGCGCACAGAUCUGCGCUCGGCCAGUCCUGAAAGUUUUAGCAGCGGCUGGUCAGAGAAUGGUCGCUGCACAGAGGACUGGAUGGAGGCCAAACGAUGGUCCUUCUCCUCUUCAUUUGACUCAGAGGCAUACAGCCAGGACAGUGAGCUUGAGCAAUGCUGUGAUGGUGCCUCUCUCUCACCCUCUCCAUUCACAACACGAAUUGGUGUACGCUGGAUCCCCCCUAGAUGGCUGUUCCCCUCCUGCAUGCGGUGGGUGAUAUACCCAGUGCUGUUCAUGUUACUGGCUUCCUGCAUUAUGCUUACUGUUUUGUACAGUUCAUCCUUAUCUGACCAGGGCAUCCUCAUGUGGCUGAUCUCCACGACUUGUGCUCUGCUCACCUCCACCAUCUUUCUUGAACCACUUAAGGUCUUGUCACUAUCCCUGUACUCAGCCUUGUGGGCACCACCAGUGCUUAGUGAGGGAGAUGGUCUAGUGGAGGAGCCUCUAGUUAAGAAGAUAUCAGAUCGUCCUUGUACUGUUCGAGCACCCGGAGGGUUCAGUCUCCUCCAAGCAAAAGAAGAGGCCCGGAGAGUGAGGGUACUAAGGAGCUUGCUUAGGAGCUGUGCAGGUCACAUGGUCUUCUUCCUCCUGGUGCUGAUGGUGAAUUAUCAGAAUUCUUUUCACGAUGCCAACAUUCGGCUGCUGCAUACAGCCUUGAAGCAAUCUGUUAAACGGCCAACCAACUCCCAUUUGAACGUUGAUAACAUUCAAAGUGUAUCCAGCCUUUGGCACUGGCUAGACACAGGAUUGCUUGCCCACCUCUACAGUGACCCUCGUGUGUCCUUACUGGGAGCCCCCCGUCUAUGCCAACACCCAGCUCUACCCAACCCUCUCCCCGACUGGUUACCACUGGCAGUUUUUCAGUCUAGUUCACUGGACAGGAAUUCAUCUGUUGGAUCUUUACCCAUUUACUGGGGAGACAUGGAGCCCUGCACCCAUCAUUAUUUUGAGAAUACAGCAAAGGAUAAUUCUGGCUGUGCACAAAUCCACUGCCAGGAGUUAGGAAGUGACAAAGAAGAAAUGCAACUCACUGUGCAAAGGCUAAAGGCUGCAAACUGGAUAAAGGAGAGCUCUCUGUCUGUGGAGAUGACUCAGUACCACAGAGAUGUUCAGCUUCACAUCUCCACCCGCUUGCAAGUUUCCUUCUCACUCCAUGGCCGUGCUGUCUCCUCCCUCUCCAUCCUACCAUUCCACCUUCAAGAUGUGAGAGACAGCCUGAGCCUGCCCUUCAUAUUGGCUAUAUCCAUGCUCUUUGCUUCUCUCUGCUUCCUCUUUCUGGAGCUUCAAGCCUUGACCAAAGGUCGAACUGAGAGUGCAGGUUAUUCCCCAAACUGGACACGCAUCAUUUUGGGACUGGUCUCUGGAGCAGUGGGUACUGUGCACAUGCUCAAGAUGUCUCUGAGCAAACAGCUGCUGCAACAAUACCGGGCACAACCAAGAGCUUUCACCAGCUUUUACACAGUGGCAAUCCUGGCACGGACAGAGGUAGCCCUUGCUGCCACCUUGCUUCUUUUGGGAAUGUUGAAGCUUACCCGACAAUUGCGUUUUGUGCGUCGGUGGGCGAUAUUUGGCAAGACUUUUCAGAAUGUAAAGUGGGAACUUUUGGGAUCCAGCCUCGUCACAGCUACCAUCAUUCUUGCUCUCACACACAGUAUAUACGUGGUCUCCUGUGUUAUAUGUCCAUCUCUUCAUAUUCCCACCAACACGCUUCUAAGAUCUGUGCUGGGAAAAGGAUCUGUUCUCCGGCCGGUCCUGCAGAAUUCUCCUGCUCUGGGCUUCUGUGCUGGGAUGGCAAUUUGUCUGCUUGCUGCAUGCAAGGGGAUCUUGUGUGCAGCGGUGCUGAGUGGACAUCGGAAGCUUCGAGCGGAUAGUUACCGUCCGGUCUUGGAGCCACAGGAUUAUGAGAUGAUUGACUUCCUGGUGAAAAGAUUCAAACUGUGGUUGGGACUUAUCAAAACCAAAGAGUAUCGGCACACUGUAAGAUUUGAAGGGCUAAAAUCUGCCUGCUCCAGAUCUUCCAAAAAUGCUAGACUCUCCUGUCCUCAGUCUGCCACUCGCCUUUCCACCCGCUCUGCCUCUGUGUCUCCUGAAGUGCCCUCAACCAGUCCACGUCCAGUGCUUUCACCGGGUCUAGCUGUGGAGCGUCUUCCUGUGGUGGUUAAUGAUCUUUUGGACAGGCUAGAUAAAGUGACCACAGUCUUAGAGGAGGUGUGUGCUCUGGAACAAAGGCUGCAAGAGUGGCACAGGACAGUGGGGUCUAGCAAGCCUUCAAAUACAAAGAAGACUAGUAUUUCUACCAGCAAGCACCAUCAACUUCCUCGCACCUACAGUACUUUUUCCGAAUCGGCUCUAACUCGGAUGAAAUCAAAGGUUUUGACUUAUAAUGGAAGUAGGCUCUUCCUCAGGCCAGCCCCUGAUAGUGCUGACCAUAUGCGUAGGGCACGCUUACACGAAGCCUCCAUUAUGAACCAAGGAAUCAGAGGGAACAUAUGGAGACCAAACAGUGAGGAGAGUUCCAGGGGCAGGAAACUGAUGGAAGACCCACACAGGCCCAUACACCGCAAACGUAGAGCCUGGGACUGUGAGAGACAAGGAGAUACAUAAGUCCAACUAACCUUUUCCACAAGAUGCUCAGCUCUUUGCCUCAGUAAUACACAGUUUGGUCUCACUGUAUGUUGCCAUUUGGAAGGGAGUAGUGUUAUAGAAUUAUCCAGUGUUUCUCUUGCUCUGUCACCUCCCAACGCAGUGUCACUUCCUGGAAUACCUCACUCACUGAGGCCUAGAAACAAAGUGAAUUAAAUGAAUGGGGUCUGAUCUGGGACAUGUGGAUACCCAGAUGUGUCUGCAGAACACCUCCUACCUCCUGGAAGUGCAAUUUCUUGAAAAACCGAAUGCUUGCCAGAUUUUCUUGUCCAAUUUUAGCUUCAAAAAUGGUAAUCCCCAAAACAGUGAUACCUGAAAACGGAGAAAUGACGUCAGAGCCAUGCAGCAUAUUGGUUAAUGACAUAUGUGCACAAUACUGCAACAUAUCAGAACUCACCGUAAGAUAAGAUCAGCCGCACAGAUUCUUCACCAAGUCCUCUGCCACGGAAACUGGGCUCUGGAAUAAAAAAAAGAAAGUUAUAGGUUUAAGUGAGUUAUUUGGUUUAGCUACAGAGACAGGGGAUGAAGGAGAGAAUGUAACAGGGAACUGGAUCAAAUUGUGUAAAGACAGAGAUACAGGAAGAUAUAUAAGGAUCUACCAAAUAAACAUGCAAUUAGGAAAUUACACGAAAACAGCAGCAAAUGGAAUGUCUAUGUAUACCAAUAUUACCUAAUAAAGGGGAAGUUAACCAUAA